AUGAGCCAGCAGGAUGUGGUCGCUGCACUGUCAGAACGCCUGCUUGUAGCUGCAUACAAAGGCCAAGUGGAUAAUGUUGUGCAGCUUAUCAACAAGGGUGCCAAGGUAGCAGUUACCAAGCAUGGACGAACCCCUUUACAUCUUGCAGCCCACAAAGGACAUCUUAAUGUAGUCCAAAUCCUAUUAAAAAGCAGGGUGUGAGCUGAACAUACAGGAUGAUGGAAGCCAAACCGCCCUGCAUCGGGCAGCUGUGGUGGGACAUAGUGAUAUUCUUGCAGUAUUGAUACAAGAAGGUUGUGCAUUGGACAGACAGGAUAAGGAUGGCAACACUGCUCUGCAUGAAGCUGCUUGGCAUGGAUUUAGCCAAUCUGUCAAACUACUUGUUAAAGCUGGAGCUAAUGUGCUUGCCAAGAACAAGGCAGGUAACACACCUCUCCACCUUGCUUGCCAAAAUGGUCAUUCCCAAAGCUGUCGAGUAUUAUUGCUUGCAGGAUCUCGGGCUGACUUAAAAAAUCAUGCAGGAGAUACCUGUUUACAUGUUGCAGCGCGCUACAAUCACUUGUCUGUCAUCAGGAUACUACUCAGCGCUUUUUGUUCUGUCAAUGAGAAGAACCAGGCUGGUGAUACGCCACUCCAUGUUGCUGCAGCUCUCAAUCAUAGGAAAGUUAUCAAAGUGCUUUUGGAAGCUGGAGCUGAUGCUGCUCUUCUUAAUAAUGCAGGCCAGAUUGCAUUGGACACAGCAAGACACCACAAUAAUUCAGACGUAGCCCUUCUCCUUACUAAAGCACCACAGGUCCUGCGUUUUAGCCGUGGCAGAAGUUUAAGAAAGAAGAGGGAGAAAAUGAAGGAGGAGAGGAGAGCCCAGUCUGUGCCAAGAGAGGACAUAGCAGAUAGUAAAGCCAGCAUUUCAGCAGCUGAGGAUACGCACAGUAGUGAGCAAGCACCAUUAAAACAGGGGGAUGGCAAAGAUGAACAGCGGCUUUCUACAGCAGGAAAUAAGCAGAGGAAGGGAAAGAGAGGAAAAACUAAAGAAAAGAUUUCAGCUCUUUCUGAUCCAACAUCACCUGCGGAUCAGCAACUAUUCUGUAGUGGGCAGCAAACAGGACACAACCACAGGAGAAAGAGCAAGCACAGAGUCCCAUCUCCACCAUUUGCUCCUCAUGAAACUCGGGCAUACCAGCUGUACACACUGUACAGGGGAAAGGAUGGCAAAGUUAUGCAAGCUCCCAUCAAUGGUUGUCGCUGUGAGCCACUCAUAAGUAAGCUGGAGAACCAAUUGGAAGCCACCAAGGAGGAAAUAAAAGCUGAGAUUGGCACUGUGCAAGAUCAAAUGAAUGCAAAACUGGGGCAGAUGGACAGUAAAACCCAGCACCAGCUGCGGGUCUUGGACAAGUUAAUGAUGGAGCGGAUGUCUGCAGAGAGGGCGGAAUGUAUCUGCCGCCUCCAGCAACAGUCUGAAGUGCAGAAAAAUGAAGCUGAGAAACGCCAGGUAUCUGUGGUGAAUGAGCUAAAAAGCUGGUGUUUACUGAAAAUACAGAACCUGGAGUUGAAGCUUUCUGGAGAUUCCAGACCUUUUAAAGCCAAAUCCUCUCCUUCAACGUGCGAUUCAACAGAUCAGCCAGUUUCAGAGAGUCCAAACAGCAGCAAGGACUGCAACAGCACAGACAUUUCCAUCCCACUACAGACCUCCAUUCAACAUUCAUUUGUCACUCGGCAGAGCAGUUUACCUGAUGAGCUUUCCAAAGAACUUCCAUCUGAAGAAAUCAGCAGACAACACCAGAUUCCACCCCCUCAAGAUCUCAUGGUGUGUGCAUCUGUGAGGCCUAAAGAAAAGACAACAAGCUGUAUCCCAUCCUGCAGAUAUCAGCCAGCCCUCCCAUCUUCCAGCCUUCCCAACCCUAAACUGCGAAACACCAAAAUUCUCCCUGCUGCCAGACUCGUAACAGAUGAAAAGAAGGCUGAGAAGCAGACUGCAAAUCUCAUGGACCGAGGCACGCAAACAAGAAAAUGUGCAAAACCUGGGCAGAUUAGACAGCGAAGCCUAAUGCCAGGACCACAGAUUCCACUACCAUCCUCUAAUGCACCUGGUGACCAUGUUGGCGUGCAAACCAGGGACACCUCCCAAGCUUUGGAAAUCACACAAUAUUUUUUUGAAGCAGUAUCUACUCAAAUGGAAAAAUGGUAUGAAAGAAAAAUUGAAGAAGCCAAGUCGCAAGCAAACAUGAAGGCUCAAGAAGAUAAAGUCACUUUGCAACAGCAUAUACAGAGUUUGGAAGAAGAAUUAAUGAAGUUGAGGACUAAGUUACAGAAGGAAAGCUAG